GAUUGCUUCAACCGUUGCUCGUGAUUGACUUGUCAUGUGACCGGCAACUUGUGAUGCCCGGACCAGCACUUGCUCUUUGUGGCUUUUGAAGCUUUCCUCGUUGCCCGCCAGAAAUUUGAGCGAGUGAGACGAUAUUCCGACGAAACUCCGGGUCCAGGAGCAUCAUUCCCCUCAGCUCAAAGACUCGCGUUGAUUGAAUGCGCUGAUAGCAGCGAACUUAGCGAUUCGAGGCACGUGAGGUGAUCAACUGAUGCCAUCAUCGAGGUAACGAAUGCAGUCUCUGUCUCGCACGGCGCCGCCCUUUGUCGCACAAAGCAACUUUAUCUCAUUCACUGGAAUCUACCACGCAGUAGCGAUGCGCUUUGUUCUCUAUUCCCCGAGGACGUCACUAUAAGGUCUUGUAGACGGCCUUUCUUCGCCUCGCCAUCCCACCUCCUUCCACCCGCUCGACUUCUCCUUGAGCCAUGCCCAGAACGCACAUCCGAUCGAUUUCGAAGGCCACUGGUGGAAUUGAGUUUAGGCGCAGGCCGCUGCGGACUAUCGAGUCGAAUGCGCAGGACGCGGAGAAGCAGCCCAGUGCUGGAUUUCGAAGCGUACUCCCAGGGCGCAGCCGCGACAGGAGGCAGAAUCCCAGACGUUGCGCCAGUCACGAGCGCAUACUUCCUAGUCACACGAACACGGUCCGCCGGACGCCAAAUCACACCUGGGGCGCAUUCACCUGGCAGCGCGAGCCGUCGUUGAGCGCCGAGGUCUCGCUCCUCGAAUGCCCCAAGGAUCCGCUGGUCGAUGUGCCAAUGAACGUCGAAACGCUUGGAACACAGGGCGAGGAUGAGGAUGAAGAUGCGAUCAGCGCCUGCAUCGACCCGCAUCGCCGCUUUAGCGUCGGUGAUUUGCCGGGGUCGGAGUAUACCUGCUCCUACGCCAGCACCCGGCACAGCAUCGGCAGAGAGUCCUCAGUGUCGCCCGACGCGGCUUGCGUCAUCAACUCGCCGCGCCACGUCCCCGGGAUCAUGUUCCCGACGUCCUCCGAGCUUAGUGUUCCGGACUGGGAGCGGGCACAUUUUGUUUGGGAUUGGCCGAGCUCGCCUGAAUUCCUGCUGCUCCGCAAUGAGACUCAAGCGGCGCGCAGUCGACGUAUUGCACAGCCGCGCCCGAUCGGCCUGCACUCAGAUUCGGCAUCGGAAUUGGGAACGAGUUGUGUCGCAAGGUUAGAGGAAAUUGCUGCCCGGAUGGUCGAGGAAGAGGACCAGGGCAGAGUGUCAGGGGAUCUGUGACUGUAUUUGUUUACACUAGCAGGGACUGGUAUCCAAUGUGCUACGCGUUCUUGGCCCGCCCAACAUCAGGGCCCAGUUGCCCCAAACUGGCCGAUGUUUCUUCUGCCGCAUGGCUUCUUUCUAGAUCAACGCCCAGCUUCGGAGGGUAAGCCGCUUCAGUAUGCGCACGAGGCGGCAGAAGAAGGUCUGCGCCACCGAUCUGCGAUAAGUGCUUUCCGAGUCCCUCGCUGUUUUCUGGGAGCUGCUGAGAUUCGGAAAGAAUCGGAAUCUGAUCGUGGUUAGGGGUGUUUGGC